AUGUCUAGCACAGCAAACCAUACCGACGUUUGGUCCUUUAAUUCAUGUGGGUAUGCAUUUCUGGGUGAGGCAGAUCACUUUCGUUUCCAGGGCUUGCCAGAUCUAGGUGAUGAUCUAAAUGUUGAUUAUUUUUAUGAGAGGAUUAAGGCAAGUGUCCCCCAUUAUACUGGUCUUGGUGGCUACCGCUGCAGCUGUGAUACAGGUUAUCAGGGCAAUCCUUAUCUCAAUCAAGGCUGCAAAGAUAUUGAUGAAUGUGCUGAUCAUCCAAAUAACAGCUUGUGUGAAAAGAUCUGUUUAAAUACCCCAGGAAGUUACAACUGUUCUUGUCCCCAUGGAUAUACUGGUGAUGGCAAAAAGGAUGGUCGUGGUUGUAUAGCUCCCUACAAUGAUGAGUUCCCAUGGAUCAAGUUCUCCGCAGCAACUUGGAAUACAAACUCAAUCAGGAAAAGGAAAUUGAUUGAAGUUAGGGAGAAAUUCUUCCAACAAAAUGGUGGCUUAUUAUUGAAACACAGAAUCUCCACUAAUGACGGUGGUGUGAAAGCAACAAAAGUAUUCACAGCGGAUGAGCUCAAGAAAGCUACAAACAAUUAUGCCAAUGACAGAAUUCUUGGUCAUGGUGGCCAUGCUAUUGUAUAUAGAGGUGUGCUGAGUGAUAAUCGCAUAGUUGCAAUUAAAAAAUCCAGAAUUGUGGAUGAGAGCCAAAUUGAGCAGUUUAUCAAUGAGAUGAAGUUCCUUNAUGAGUAUGUCUCUGAAGGAACUCUAUAUGAGCACAUUCACAGUCAACGUGGAGCGGGUUGGUUAAAUUGGAAAAAUCGGUUGAGAAUUGCCAUAGUGACAGCCACUGCACUUGCUUACCUUCAUUCAUUUGCCUCGAUGCCUAUAAUUCAUCGAGGUGUCAAGUCUUCCAACAUAUUGUUAGAUCACUUUUCCAUAGCUAAAGUGGCUGAUUUUGGAGCUUCAAGGCUCAUCCCUCUGGAUCAAACACGUGUAGCUACAUUAGUUCAAGGUACAUUUGGGUACUUGGAUCCUGAAUAUUUUUUCAAAAGUCAAUUGACAGAUAAAAGUGAAGUUUACAGCUUUGGAGUAGUUCUGGCAGAACCUCUAACAGGGUUAAAGCCAGUUUCUGGAGAUAGAAAUGACGAGCAAAAGAAUUUGGCUGAUUAUUUUGUUUCGUCCGUGGAUAACAAUAGCUUAUUUCAAAUUCUUGAUCGUCGAGUUUUGCGAGAAGGGAAUCUUGAGCAACUUCAACAGAUGGCUGAGCUAGUGAAGAACUGUCUUCAGUUGCACGGAGAAGAUAGGCCUACAAUGAAGGACGUGGCUAUUCAACUUGAGGGUUUGAGGAAGGUAACUGGAGUCUCUUGGUGUAAUCAACACCUACACGAAGAGAAUGAUUUAUCAGAUCUUUACACAGUUCCAAAAGAUGCCUAUGGAGAAACCCCCAAUUCAGAUAGUUCUCGUAUCAUGCAUCCUGCAUACAAUCCAAGUUGA